CGUUGCGGAAAUUUGAACGGGUGGCAGAAUGGAUGAUCCCGAGCACUUGUAAGGAUAUAAUUGCAAGGAUACAGAUUAACAAACGGCGCAAUUGCAGCAGAUGUUGUCCAAUGGCGAGGGAACCCUAGAGAUGAACGCGUGGAGUAUAUAACGGCAUCGACGACCCUGUCAAGCCUGCAUCAAGCCUCGAAGUUUCUUUUCAAGCCUUGUUCUUUUUGCCAUAGGUCCCUGUCUAUAGUGCCACUCGUUUCAACAUGCGUUUCUCCGAUCUCAGCCUUGCUGUUCUCUCGUGCGCGAGCACUACUCUCGCUGCGAAGAACCACACAAAGUCGGCUUAUGGAACAUGGAUGGCUACUUCGUUCUUGUCCAAGAACCAGGUCAUUCGUCACACCUACGUUCCCGCUGUCACACUUGAGGGUAUCCAAAGGGUUGCUGUCGUGAACAACAAUGAGGAUCUGCUCGAGUACGCUCGUAGCUCCGUCUCUUCCCUCGUCUCAGCCAACGGUACCGUCACUGGCUACAAUGACACAUACUACACCCUUGACGACAUCCGCAUGGGCAACAACGUCCUCCACUGGUGGAACGAGGGCGGCCGCAACGAGUCCAAGUACGAGAUCGCCGCCCACAGGUACAGGGACCAGCUGAACCGCUGGCCUCGCACACCCGAGGGCGGUUUCUGGCACCGCGCCCCCACUUAUGCCAACCAGAUGUGGCUGGACGGUAUUUACAUGGCCGACACCUUCUACGCCACAUACACCUCGUACUUCGACAACGACAACGUCACCGCCUGGAAGGAUAUCGAGCUGCAAUUCGACCUGAUCGAGGAGCACACCCGGAACCACACCACCAACCUUCUCUACCACGGCUACGACGAGACCAAGAAGGCCGUCUGGGCGGACCCCGAGACCGGCGCGUCGCCCUACGUCUGGGACCGCGCUGUGGGCUGGUACUUCGUUGCGCUCGUCGAGGUGCUGCAAGUCUACCCCAAGGAGCUCCCCGGCUACACCAAGCUGCAGGAGUACCUGACCACUCUCGCCGAAGGUGUCAAGAACGUCCAGGACGCGGAGGGCGGCUGGUGGCUGCUCAUGGACCCCGAGCUUCAGGGCAAGGCGGGCAACUACAUUGAGUCGAGUGCUACUGCUCUGUUUACCUACGCCUACUUCAAGGGUGUCAGGACUGGGCUGCUUGAUUCCGAGUACCUGCCUGUUGCACACAAGGCGUACGGUCAGAUGAUUGAUAACUUUGUCAUCUAUGAGAAGAACGGUACGCUGUCAUGGAACGGUACUGUUGAGGUUGGUAGCUUGAAGGGCGAUGCGUCGUACGAGUACUACACCACCGUUCCUCUCAGCUUGAACGACGGCAAGGGUGCUGGUCCGUUCAUGUAUGCUGCUUCAGAGUUCGAUCUCACCCAGAAGAACGCCAGGGUCAACUCCACUCACUACCGUCAGUUGUAGAUCUGUUUGAAUGUCGGGAGUAGACGCUAGAUGAUCUUUAGACAGUAUAGACACCUUGUACAUACCACCUGUACUUAGAUAGUUGUAAUCCUUUACAUGGCUGAAACCCGGUACUUGUUGGUGAGCACAACUGAUACGCAUGUUGCUAAACUAAGAUUAUAAACACCAAAACCAACCCUCGUCCCAAAACAAUCGUGGUAUACAUGUCCUCAUUCCUCCACCUCACAGCUAACCCUUACAACAUAGCUCCAGCAAAGACCGACACAACAAUCAUACCCAAGACACCCAAUCCCGCCUUGCUGACCUGCGGUACCACAACACCAGCCGCCGCACCCGCACUUCCACUCGCGCCAGCGC